AUGAACGACAUUUCUCAAGAUGCCGAGCCCCCAUCCCUGUCUGAACUCUUGGCAUCGUCGUCGAAGGAUACACUGUCGUCGUCGUCGCUGACAUCCCCCGACGCGUCCUCGUACAUCUCCCGUCUCACCGCGCUGUCUCUGCAAGAACUCGAGGCCGAGCCGACCGAACUUGCUUCGUCCUCCGCGCAACUCACGAAUGCGCUCACAACGCUCUGCUAUACAUCAUACCCCACGUUCCUCUCCCUGCACGCCACAACAUCUACGCUUUCCUCGUCGCUCGACGCGCUUUCAAACUCGCUCUCUUCAUUGCUUUCUGCCCUCCCCACGCUCGAGUCGGGUGCGCGAACCUUCGCGCAGGAGUCGCGCGUGCUGCUCGCGUCGCGACGAAAAGCUGCGCUUGUUCUCGAGCACCACGACAAACUCCACGACGUCCUCUCUCUCCCCCUCCUCCUGGAAACCUCGGUGCGAAAUCACAAUUAUGCGGAUGCCCUCCUCCUGGCGCAGCAUGCAUCGACGCUGGCUUCGCGAUUCCCUUCAAAUCCCCUCGUCCAGUCAGUCAAGGCAGACUGCGACGCGCGGGUGCACUCCAUGCUCGCGCAACUCCUCCGCAUCCUGCACGAGCAAGCGAAGCUCCCCGCGCUCUUUCGCGCAGUAGGCUUCCUCCGGAAGAUGGACGUCCUUACGGAGCAGGAGCUCGCGCUUGCCUUCCUGGCUGGGCGCAGUGCCUACUUGGACGGCACGCUUCGGGCGGUGGAGAUCGAGAAGAAGGGGCUGGACGGCGAGGGGAGCGUAGAGCGAGAGCGCGACAUCCACGCGCGAUAUCUCAAGCGGUACGUCGACGCCUGGCGGGAGGGCGUGCACGACGUUGUCACGCAGUAUACCACCAUAUUCCUUGACCGCCCACACAGCUCGGAGCCUGCCCCACCCGAGCUGCACGUCCUGCUGACAACAUUCACAACCGUUCGCGUGGGUGAACUGCUGGACCUCCUGCGAGAGACGCUCCCGCUCGUCGCGGACCCGUCGUUGCUCUCCUCGCUCCUCACUCAGCUCACGUAUUGCGCGACCUCGUUUGCGCGGGUGGGCAUGGACUUCCGCGCUGCUCUAGGACCGCUUUUUGUAGCCGCAGUGCGCAAAGGCAUCACGCGCGAGUUCGAGGAUGCAGCAGAGGCUUGGGCCAAAGCUCUCGAAUCCGACGUCGCGCCGAAAAGUCGCGCCCGUCCUGCACGCCGGAAACCGUCCCAGUUGUUCCUCUCAUCGUCCGCCAACUCGACGCCGCCUAUACCCACGCCAGCGCAGCUCUCAGCACUCGCCACAUCUGCGCCAAACGUGCCCCCGCCCAUACUCGCGUCGUAUCCCCCCCUUGGCGUCUACACGAACACCCUUCUGUCUGCUCUGAACGGCCUACGUCUCCUCGCGCCAGCCUCCCUACUGCACGAUCUGCUUGCCUCUUUGGACGUUGCUCUCGCGCGUGGGGCGAGCGCCUUACUGGGGUAUGGGCGCAAAGCGGCAGAAGGCCGAAAUAACGGCACCUCCUCCGCGAGCUCGGAAGAGACGAAGCGAGAAGACGAGGUCGUGCGCGCGGUUGGGCUGGUGUACGCGAAGGUGUUCGUGCCCUUCUUGAGGCGUGCGUUAGCGGAGGGGGUGUAUGGUCUCAAGCUGGGCGCGACUGGGGGUGACGGCGAGUCUGAGAUGGACGUGGAGCUGAGGCGAACGCUGGAAGGGUUGGACGAGUGGCUAGAGGGCGCCGAGCGUGUGCUCGAGUCUCGAUCCCUGCAAAUCCUUCGAAAGCAGUGCCCUCAGCAAUCUACUCCAGCGAGCAUGCCGUCAGACAUAGAGUACAUGGACGACAAGGACGACAAGGCUACAGAGGAAGUACCCGAGCUGCAUGGCGCAUUGUCGCGCGCCUCCACCGAAUCCUACGGCGGCGCGCUCAACGUCGUGUACAUCGUCGAUCCCGAGGACGAUCCCAUGGCCGAUGCGACGCCAGACCCGAACGCUGAACGAACCCCCGACAAGGAAUAUGGCAUACUUCCCGAGGACGACCGCUUCAGCGAGCUGUGUGGGCCCGUUGAGUCCACUCGUCGACGCGGCGUGAGGCAAUCGGCGCGAAUACAGAACCGCAAGAGGGCCAGAGACACGCGCUCAUCGCUACCCUCCCGCCCCACUCAUUCAAGGGGCCAGGCUCGUGAGGACCCAAUCGUGAUCUCGGACUCGGAUUCAGACUCGGAGGGCGAUAAAUUGGAAGACGAUGGAUUGGUUGGCCCCCGCAUUCCAGUCUGGGUGUACAAAAUGAAGCCCAAGGAGCCCGCCGCGCCCUCGGGCGACCCGGCUGUCUCGUCUCGCCUAUCUGCUGAAGAUGGCGCGAGCUCCUACUCGGACCGCGGCGUUAGUGUAACGAGCACUCGGAAGGCGCAGUGUGUUAAGCCAGGCGGCUCUGGCGGCCUUGUGCAACGUAAAACACGUUGGAGCCGUCUGGUUCAGGUGCCUCCAGAGCUCGAGGAGGCGCUGCCGGACUUGCAGGCACGAUUCCCUAGGGACCACAUCAGCGUAGGCUACCACCGCUUGACGAACGACACAAUCAAGUGGGGCUAUCGAUGCUUGACAUGCCCGGACGCCUCGGUCAUUAGUGGCCAUGCCCCGGGCAUAGCCUUCAGCAAUAUGGCUAAGCACCUUGGAGGCUCGAAGCACCGUCCGGCGACGAUCGAGCCGCCUUCCAGAGGGGGUGCACCAGCAGCACGGCCCGUUCGUAGACCACGAGCACGCACGGCGUCCAGAGCCGCAAGCGCGCAUCCGCCCAGAGCUCCCUCAGCGUCACCCCCGGUAUCAAUCUCACAAUCCGCCACGGUCGUACAAAGCAGCACCGGCGGCGCGACGCCCGGCCCCUCGUCCCAGCCCGCCGCGAAGGCACGGGCGCGCGAGGACGUCGACGAUGUCGAGUGCUUCCUGCGCGAGAUCGGGCUCACGCGCGAGCUCGCGGGCGCGCUGCGGAGCGUCGGCAUCAAGGACCGCGGGCGGAUGCGGAUGCUGGGUGGCGCGCCGGACGCGAUGCUCGACAGGCUGGAGGCGAGCCUCGCGGGCGCGGGGCUGGACGUGAGCGAGUGCAUGAUCGUGCGGCUGGGGCUGCAGCGGUGCGCGGCUGGUGGUGGUGCGGUGCGGUGA